AUGAACUCAAUUGCCUGUUAUAAUGGUAAUUAUCAAAAUCCAGCCUAAUUCUUCUGCAAUAACCCAUUUUGUUAGAAAGAUAGAUUGUUUUGGGAAUGUUGUAUAAAUGUAAAACAUUCUUCACUUGCAAUAAAUGUUCAGGAAAUAUCAGCAUUCAGUAAUUAUGUCGAGAUUAUGAAAAAGGAUUUUUAGGAUUUGAAGUAGCAGAUAAAUCUACAAUUAGAAUAAUUAAUAAUUGCAUUCAAUACAAUUGGGGAUGUAAUUGGUAAUUACGAUUCACAUUCCUAUAAAAAUGUGUCUCUAGCCAUUUCUAAGCAAUUAAGUAAUGGAAUAAAUGCUNUUAAGAAGAAGGUUAUUGGCAUAUAAGAAAUUAAAGAACUAAGUAAGGUUUGAUCUGAAACAAAAUAGAGAAGAAUAUGACACUGCUUGGUAUUGAAGAGCGGGAAAAUAAUAACUUCGUCUAGCAUAAACUUUUAAUCAAGGUGGCUUUUUCUUACAAGAAUAGUUUUCAUCAUAAAAACUUUGCUGCGAACCUAAUCAAAUUUUCAUCCAAUAAGAUAAGAUAAGUUUGA